UUAACGUCAGUUAGUCGCAGGCGGAGGUCGAACCCGCGCCCGCUGCCCAUGAGCUGACCAGCGGCUGGCCGGCCGGUUGUCUCCCGCUCCUUCAACCGCUCGGAUUUAAAAUGCAAGACGACCCGGCGAUGGCGACGACGCGGGAGCCGUUACUUCCCUCCCGCUCGCAGCGAGUCGCCCGGUGAGCGUCGCGGCGGCAGGACGGCGUCAUGGCCAACGUUCGAGUGGCCGUGCGAGUGCGCCCGCUCAGCGCGAGGGAGAGGGCGGAUGAAGGAAGGCUCGCCGUUCAGGUGGAAGACAAGGUCAUCAGGGUCAAAAAUGUGAAGCUGGAUGGACGCGAUGGUGCUGCAGAUUCGAGGGAGAAGCUUCUGGAGUUUUGUUUUGACUACUGCUACUGGUCGGUGGACCCCGCGGAGCCUCACUAUGCCUCGCAGGAGGAGGUGUUCCAGGACCUGGGCGUGUCGGUGCUGUCCGGCGCCUCCGAGGGCUACAACGUGUGUCUGUUUGCGUACGGACAAACAGGAUCCGGGAAGACGUACACCAUGAUGGGGACGCCGGACUCCGUCGGCUUGACCCCUCGGAUUUGUCAGGGUCUCUUCAGGUCUGAGGACACUGUUCCUGAUGAGCAAAACUCAAGCAGAGUGGAGAUCAGCUUCCUGGAGAUCUAUAACGAGCGUGUGCGAGACCUGCUCCGAGGAGGAGAGCCGAAGAAGAGGGCCGCCCUGAGGGUUCGAGAGCACCCGGAGAAAGGGCCCUAUGUCCAAGACUUGUCCCAGCACGUGGUCUCAGACUGCAAGCAGGCCAUGGACCUUUUGGAGCAAGGCAUCGCCAACCGAAUCACCGCAGCAACUCACAACCACGAUGCCAGCAGCAGAUCGCACGCCAUCUUCACCAUCCAGUACACACAGGCACACCUAGAAAAUAACCUUCCCUCCGAAACUGUCAGCAAGAUUAACCUGGUAGACUUGGCUGGGAGCGAGCGAGCCGACCCGCACUACUGCAGGGACAGACUGACGGAGGGCUCUAACAUCAACAAGUCGCUCGUCACUUUGGGCAUCGUCAUAUCCGCUCUUGCACAGAACUCCCAGAUGUCCAGCAGCUGUCAGAGCAUCAACAGCAUGGCCUCUGAGGGGGACGGCAGCACGGUGGGAAGCCACAGCAGCUCCCUGUCUGGAGGAGGAGGAGGAGGAGGAGGAGGAGGGGGGAGGAGGCACUGCUUCAUCCCCUACAGAGACUCUGUGCUGACCUGGCUGCUGAAAGACAGCCUUGGGGGCAACUCGAAGACCAUCAUGAUCGCAACCGUCUCACCCUCCUCCAGCAGCUACAACGAGACCCUCAGCACCCUGCGCUAUGCCGGCCAUGCCAAAAAUAUCAUCAACAAGCCUCGGGUCAAUGAGGAUGCCAGCGUUCGUCUGAUCCGGGAACUGAGAGAGGAGAUUGACAGGCUGAAGAGCAUGCUGCUCAGCUUUGAAAUGCAGCGUAAUCUCAGUCCAUCCCUGAGCGAUGAGAGGGAUGGAAAUCUUUCUGAUAUUGUUCAUCAGAACGAACUGAAGGUGGAGCAGCUGACGAAGGACUGGUCGGCGAGCUGGAGAGACAAGAAGGAGCUGCUGGAACAGUACGGCGUGGACGUCAACCGGGACCGGGCCGGGUUCCUCAUCAACUCCCUCCGACCACACCUGGUGGCUCUCGAUGGAGAUGUUCUCAGCACCGGAGUCGUCUUCUAUCACCUCAGGGAAGGACUUACCCACAUAGGACCUCAGGAUCCGUUUGAAAAACCACAAAUAGUUGUGCAGGGCGGUGCCAGCUGUGUGAUUGAGAACCACGGAGGUGUGGUAACGCUCAGACCGCUGCCGGGCUGCGUCUGCUCGCUCAACGACCGGGAGGUCACUGAACCCUGCAGGCUGGCUCAAGGGACAGUGAUCACCUUGGGAGGAGUGCACAAGUUCCGCUUCAACCACCCAGCCGAGGCAGCCGUCCUCCGGGAACGCAGGCGGGCAAGUGAAGGUGGCAUGACCUGCACCUACAUUGACCUUUGCCCCAUGACCUUGGACCACAGUGUCGAAGAUGUGAAGCUCCCAGACCAGCUUGGUGCCGGUGCCUCCCCCACCGAGGAGCCCACUGCGAGGCAGCGCGUGGAGGAGCAGCAGCGCUACGUGGAGAGUUUGCGACAUGAGAUUCAGGCUGAACAAAGGAGGGCUGAGAGGGAGCUGGAGAGGGAGCAGGCCCACCUCCAACAGCAGCACAGUGAGAUCAAGCAGUGGAUUUUUCAGGAGAAACGGCGCCUGACAACCGUAGAGCAGAGAAUCACCCAAGAGUCUGGAGUUCAGACGGACCUCAUCCCCUCGAUCCCGACCCCGGAGCGAGUGGCGAGUCCCGCGUGCGGUCUGGUGGUAGAUCGAACAUCCGUGGUGAUACGGGCCAGGAAGAGGGCGGUGCAGGAGGAGCUACUGAAGCAUCACGCCCUCUGCCGCUCCGAGAGCCGCAUCCGUCGGAAAAAGUUGCACUACCAGCUGGAGAGGAUUGCCCGCAAGCGGCGUCUGUUGGAAGCUAAGAGGGAGUUGCAGCGGCUGGAGAGGGCCCUGCCGCCGGGACCCGACAGCCCAGAGUCUCCCGAUCUGGGCUCCCCCACAGCGCUCAGAGGACGAUCGUUUGCUUCGCGUAGACACUCGUUCUCUGCGGAUAUUCUGUCUCGGCUUUACCCACAUAACACCCCCAUCUUUAGGCACUUCCUCAAGAGAAACAGAUCCGCAGAACAUUCCUCCACAGCCUCCAUUGACGGCAGGAAGUGGGUUUCGGAUGAGUGUCUUCCUCGAGAAAGAACCCAGAGUUGUUCCGAUUCGCUCUCCUCAGGACAAAGUGAAGGCGGCCGUAGAAGAGUAAACUCCUCCGAAACCCUGCGACCAACCGCCAGAGAGGAGCUCCAAGCUCAGCCCCCCCGGGAGCGACCAGAGAGAAAACCUCUGCUGCCAAACCGAGAGCUGUCUUUCAAGAACAGAUUGGAUCAGAACUCAACGGGGUCUCUCAAGUCACCACUUGGAACUACUUUGCAGCCAGUCUGCAAAGAAAACACACAAGGACCCACAGCUUGCAAAACCAGUUCUCAGUUUGUCCCUCGGGGGAAUGAGAUGAAUCAACCCCACGCAGGUGACAAUGGACUGGAAACCAUUCAGAAGACUUUCUCUUGUUCUCUUGGGCCCAGGUUAAAAACGGCCUUCUCCAAUGUGUUCAGGAAAUCCCCAACCAUUGUUACUGGAAGACGAAACCCCAAACCUCUGGGGAAGAUGGCAGGAAAAUUUCCCUGGAGGCAAAGAAGAGAUCGGAUCCUUAAAGACACCAAGCUGAGCCGCAGCAAAUAUGUGGUUAAAGCGGCUGUCUCGUGUGAGGAGCUGGACCAAAGGACUGUGUCCGAGGACGUUAAACCCAAGCGCUGGCGUAGUACCGAGGCUCUGAUGAGCCAGACCAGCACGUGGGUCGAACGACAGCAAGGGUUGAUGGGAUGGGAGGAAGAGCCAGAGGAGAAGGAGGAAGUAACAUCGGACUGCGAGAGCCUUUUCUCUCUCGACUCGCUGUCCUCUGCUUAUGUGACAGCCCUCGCGCAGCAGCUGAGACGCGAGGAAGCCGCUUCGAGCGGAGCAGAGAGCGAGGACAGCCAGAUGUCUAAAGAUUCCUUGGUUGUGGAGGGCAGCGGGAAACGCUCAACCGCGGUGACGGACAGCCCCCACAGGUCCCCCGCGCGGCACGAUGGAACCUCAGCGAUCGGUUUGGACUGGAACAGCUGCCAGAAACCUCAGGAGAUCCCAGGCGAGGCCUACUGGAGCCAGCAAAGUUCCCCAAAAUCAAGACAAAGCGGUGCCACAACAGAGCCUGCCAGCCACGGGUCUUUAGUAGCAGGUUCCACAGGUAGCGACACUGUUCCCAUAUCAAUUGAGGGCUUUGGGAACAUACAGGCCACUUCCACCAUCAGCCCGCGGCGCUCCUUGAGCAGUAGCAGUGCGAAGGAGCCGGACAACGUGCUGGCCCUCACCGAUGCCUGGUCCUCCUCCGCCGAGGCAGCAGGCAGUCCCAGCCUUCACAGGGAUUCUCUCCCUUUCCAAAUGUUCACCGGUGUAGAGAACAGCAGCAGCAGCAGCAGCAGUCUCAGUCCAAACAGUAUGACCCUCUCGGACUGUCCGAGUGGACCCAGCUCAGCAUCCACCAGCACUGAGGGUGUAAAUGUAACCGUGCAAGAUCACGGUUGGGAAAUUGUAUGGGGCACAUCUGAAACAUUAGGUUCUCAGAUUCUAAGCCCACCAGAGGAAGCCCUGGAGCAGGUGGGAUGUUGUGUGGAGCAAGCGCAGAAUACAGGGAACGCCGCUAUGGAUCCUCCAGACUGCAGCAUCAAAAGUCCAGGACUCGUUCUGACAUUAGAACCUCAAAGCGCUUGUGUGUCCCCCAACGAGAUCCUCUACGAUAAACAAGUAUCCCAAAUGAACCUGCUUCAGGUGUUGACGGAUGUGCCUGACAUGGUGGCAGCUGACCCUGACUCCAAAACGUGUCGGUCAGGUUGUAAAACAGUCGCGCCUCUCUCUGAUACUAGCCAUGUUGGAGUAUUAAAAAGUGUCCCUGUACGCGUCCUCAGACGGUUCUCUGAAGAUGAAGGACUGAGCAGUCCAGAUGGUGCAACAGAAAAGAUGAAAAAUAUGAACCCAUUUCAGCUUGGGAACGCCAAAAAUUCAUCUUCUACGCCGGACAAAAUGUUGGAUGAGGCUGAGACCAAAGGAGCUCUGACUGAGCACCAUAUUGCACUACAGCAGGAGCUUGUUAAAUCCUCUUGUAAAAAUUCCAGGAAGAGGAACAAAGGCCGGCAGGAUGCUUUCAUGGGUAGCCUGAAAAUUCCAAAAAGGAGCAAUGGCAGUGAGUUGCUAACUUCCUUCGCCGCACCAGUUGACGAUCGGGAGGAAGAUUUUCCCGAUGACCAUUACAGCAGCGACUCAAACGGGGAACAAUCUGACGUGGAAGCUGACUGCUCCGGAUUUGAUUCGGUUCGUGCUGAUGGCGGCCUCAGGCAAGACGGCGAUCUCACGGGAAGGAAACCUGGAGAGAUCUUUAAUGACCCCGAGUACGGUGACCGAGGUCCUCGGGGUGGAUCGUCUGCAGGAGAGAGCAAAGUAGAUGAGCAGGGAGACAAAGCCAUAGAGGAAGUGGCUGCAGAUACAAAAGGGGGGGAAUCACCACUCGAUGAUAAAGCCGGAAGACGUCAAGAAAGUAUAAAUCACAUAUGCAAGUCUGAGGCUAUUUGUAGCGCCAUUGACCUGAGAAUCUCAGAAGUGGUCGAAGAGCACAUGAGAUUGUCAUUGAUUGGCAGCAAGGAUGAUAGGAAGAGCAGGACUCCAAGCAAGCGUGCCCCGUUGUCCCCUGCGAGUCAUUUUGGCCCAAAAAGUGAUGAAAAUGGAUGGAAAGAAGUCAAGCUGGGAGAGAAAGUGAGUGAUCCGGUGAACAAAGGAAGAAUCCCCGAAGGACGCCUUGCACUUGAAAGGAUCAAGAGGGAAAACACAGUGGGCAACAGUAAACACCUGGCGCCAGAUCUGCCAACUGAAUCAAGCACUAGCCAUGAGAGCGACAAGCUUAAAUCUGCUGAAGUAACACAGAACAUUGACCAUGUGCACGAUGACUCUGAUGUGCUAUCAAACAAGCCGGUAACCUCUCACUGUGUCCUCAAUAACAACGUCCAAUUAAACAUGACCCUCAACAGCCGGAAAGAGACCGAGCACUCUACCGGCAACCCCGCUUUGCAGUCAUCUAGCUGCUCCUCCACCAGGUACAUUGAUUCCAAAGGAAGCACUGCGGGGAAAGAUGCUUUGUGCAGAGAAACAAAUGAUUCAGGUAGACAAAAAGUAACAUCCCACCUUCAUCUCAUUGUCAACGAUACACGCUGGAGUGAAGUGGACACAAAGAGCUCGUUGGAUGACCCUGCUUUCACUCCUGAGCUUCCCCAAGUACACCGGGGAACACCUCCCCCUCUGGGUGGUGCAGAAGAAAACUGUGGCUGUAAGCAAGAAAGGGAUGUCAGUACGGAGGCCACGUCGACCCGUCCGAUCGAGCCCCACAGACGUCACAGCAGCCAGAACACACCUGCUGAUGAGAGGGUCUCCACGAAAGGCCUCUCUGUUUCUACUGUCCGUGAUGGAGAUGGUGAACCAGACCACUCACGGGGAGGUGGACCCAGUGUCACGGCACACGAGGGGUUCAGUUACUUACCCACUCAUUCAAGGGGCUUGACCUGUGUGGUGAAUAUGAAUUACCACAAUGAAUGCCAACAAGGAGCAAAUUCAGUGUGCACAUUUGUUAAGGACGCUCCAAUUGACAGCCAACAAGAUUACUUAAUGAUAAAUGACAAAGAGACUCCAAAGGUCUUCUCAGAGUCAAAACACGAAGCAAGUAUUUCUGGUUCUGUGCAGCUGCAACGGCAAAAAGCGCAGGGUUGCUACGGAUCUGUGAUGUCCAAAGAGGUUCCUCUUAAGGCACCUGCACCAGCUGACCAACAGAAUGGAUCUCCUCUCGUGUGUAAAUUGGCCAAGUCAAAGAGAUUGAGAAAGAGUAAGAUCCAUCCCAUGUCUUCCACUGAGUCCUCUCCUAAGUCCUCAGAUGAGGACGAGGAGGAUGACAAAACCCCCAGAGUGCAUCACAGCCGGCCCUCAUCGAAAUGGGUAAAGGUCGCCGCUCAGAGCAAGGAUGCGGAUAUGUGUGCUACAGAGUCAGAGAGGAAAUCUAAAAUGAAGACUUGCUCUGCUGGAACUCAGGCUAAAAGUGAGGUCAAAGCUAGCAGAGACAACACCCAAACCAUAGACGCUCCACAAAGGACUCAUUCAGAAGAAACCAUCCUGUGUGCAAAGAAAGGUGGACCACAUCGGGACUCGCCGAUGCAUUUCGCCUCCAGCGACAUCAACCCGUUCGUCCACCAGUGGCAGGGCGAUGACUCUAGCCAACACUGCCACAAGAACCCCGCGUACGGAAGCGCCGCCGACCUGUCCCGUAAGUCUCCGCUCUUGAACAGCGCCGAGAAACGCAUGGCGAGAUGCUGCAGUGUCGACAACGGUUUGAACGGGCAGGACUCUUUGCCCUUCUACUCCCACUUGAGCGCUUACGCCACCCACAAGGGGCUCUCCAGCACGCUCAGCAGCGUGGAGGACUACAAGGAGCAAAGCAGUAGAACGCCCCGUCAGCGAGCUGCCGGUCUGACGGCGGCAGGUAGCUCUUCGAGUAACGGGGCUCCCGACACUUUUGGUGACAACUCCUGGCGGAUGCGUGAAAUUAAGCCCGCACGCUCGUCCAAGAGGGGCGAGGCCCCCGCCCAGAGGAGGAGCACGUGCGAGUACGGCACUCAGACUGAACGCGGCCUUCGGCCGGCCAAUGGCAGCAGCGUCUGCGGCGGCGCCCUGAAGAAGAGGGAGCGGCACAAAAGGAGCAACACGGAGGUACCCGCGGCACAGAAAAGCAAGAUGGGAAUUAAUGAAUGUCCGACGUGGGCCAGUAUGGAAAGCAUGUCGGCCCGCCUCUCAAAGCUGAUCGACAGCACCUCGGACCUGCUGGGAGACGUGCAGGGAAUGAGGACGGGCGAGGCCCUCAAGUCCAGUCCAAGGAGGACCACGAGUGUCAACAUGUCCAAUAGCAGCAUCUCCCACGGCGCGCGGAGAGAGCGCUCCACCCAAACAGCCGUGGACGUGGGGGUCCAGACGGAGAGGCAAGCCGCUGCCGAAGGGUCCGUGGCCCACGAGGUCAAUGUGAUCGUCAAGGUGAUCGGCUCUGAAGUCGUCGCAGAGUCCCGAGACUGUGCCGCAGAAAUAAGGCCCGCCUCCCCAUCAGAGGAUAAGACGCCUCCUCUAGAGGCGGCGGGCGAAUGUCGCCGACAGAGUCCGCCCGAGGCGCCGCGCCGCGAAGGCGUCACAAUGUCGGAAGUCGCUCGCAGGUCAUCGGUAAAAACCAACCAUCGGGAGAAUCCCAGUCCCUCAUUGAGAAAUGACCCGACGCAUUCUUUAAAGAAACAAGUGGCGUACACCGACCGUGCGUCCUCUCCCAUCCGCACUGUGGGAACAAGUUCAGGUACGAGGCGGAGAGGAAACCAAGCCGUCCUGAGUAAACCCCAGAACUCUGAGAGAGACGGCGGCGCUUUGUCCAGCCAACCAUCGGCUUGCUGGUCUGCUUUGGAGUGUGAGCCAAUGCCUCUACGCGAUUCGGAUGUCUCCUCUUGUGCAUCAGAAUCUGUCUCCCAUGGGGUGGUGAGGCAGACCAGUCGCUCGGGCCCUAAAGGCCCUCCAAGCGCUCAAUACACUGACCUGAGAAGUGUCGCCCACAGCAACUCCGAAUGGCCGAGUUCUUCUCCGCAGCGGAGGACCUCUAUGCAGAGCCACAUCUCUCCCGUAUUGAGACCAGAUGAUGUGCACGAACAGCAGACUAAGGCCACACGUGGAAAAACAUUGGUUGGUUGCGUUGAUCCUCACAAUUCGUCCCCGGUCAGUCGCCCCGCCGUCCGACUCCAGGAGGACGCCGACGACGACGCGGCGUCGCUGGCGCCCAGCGAGUGCGACACGGACGUCCUGGUGACCUUCGAGCCCGUCACUGGCGUGUGCGUGCCUUCGCGCGGCCCACUCGCCCCGGAGGACCUGCCCAUGCACAACAAGUUCACCAACUGGUCGGGCAUCAGCCUUCAGCCGGCGAAACCUUCCGCCAAGCCGGGCCCGCUCCGCGAGGUGGAGAGCUGCGGCUCCAACGAGGGAACCGGCGAGCGCGGCGUCGGAAGGGCCCGAGAGAUAGAGAGGCUGCGACAGGAGAGGGAGCAGGUGAUGGCCACCCUCAGCCUCAACAUGAACCCGGCGCCUCUGACCGUGCAGCUGACGGAGGCCAAGCUGCACUACGGCCUCGGCGAGACGGACACGCUGCUGAAGAUGCUGUCCCCGCGGAGAGGAGAAGAGGCGGAGCCGCAGGCCUGCGCGCCUACCAAACGGCAGCUGUACGACGGACACCGCAGGAGUAUCGAGGGUUCCAGGCAGGAGAGGGAGGAGCGUCUGCAGAGCCAGCGCAGGGCUCGGAGUCUCAGCCCCGGCAAACAUCCUCGCUCGUCUCCACGAGAGGCGGCUGCCUCCGCCACGCCCGGCCGCCCGAAAGAGUCACUGCAACAGCUCCGCCAAGAGGCCAUAGAUGGCACCAGAAUACCACCACCCCCACGAGGGGAGAGCCACUGUCCAUCGGAUAUUAAGCAGCUGCUGCGCGACUACGGCCGCGCCCGAGAGGAGGCCAGGACAGAGAUCGCCAAGGCGCGAGAGCGACUGCGAGAGAGGACCGAGCAGGAGAAGAAGAGGCUCCAGCAGCAGGCCCUGUCUCAGGAGGCCAGGGAUGACCUUAGACAUCGGACAAGAAUCAGCAGCAGCACCUUAUGCACAGGAUCCAGCCUGAGUCUUUCCUCCGGACCAACAUCGGGGUACAACAGCGGAAACACGCUACAGCACGGGAACACGUCCCUUCUGACCGGACAGUUCUCAGGGUUCCAGGACGAAGGGCUGAAGAUCAGGACACGUCCUCCUAUGUGUGGGCCUCAAAGUGUGAAGUCCCAGAGAGCCUGGCUAUCUGCCCAUGAUGUCCGCCUUGAGCCUCCUGUCAGCGGGUUUGAGCCCCUUAUGACUUCAUCUCCCUCGACUUGCGCACGUCCACGCACCGCCUCCUUUGGAUCCUCCUCUUCAAUCUCCACGACCUAUCAGGACAUCACAUCCGGUCUCCUCGCCCGUGCUCUGGCUGAGGUGCGACUGGCUUCCUCUGGUGAUUUAAGAAACCUGGUGAUGAGCAAGGCCACAGCAGGCUGGAGGUACCAAGGAGAAGAACAAGGUGUCGAGGCUUACUACAAGCCCUCCUCCAGCCCGUCGGUCCAUAGUUUCCUUGGAGCCGCGGAGCUGGACACACCUCUGGACAGUCUGUGGACCACAAUCUGCCAGCUGUCCAAGAGCCACAUGUAUAAUCAGUCGCUCCGUUCUGUGUGGACACGACCACUAGAUGACAGCACCCAGCUGGUUUAUGCCCUAACUGAUCCGUCCGCCUGCCACCUCAGCCAGCCGCGAGAUUUCUGCUGCAUCAGCACCGAGUCCAAACAGGGAGGCUUGUGCGUGCUGGCAAUGCAGUCUGUGUUCGAGGAGUCGCUGCCUCGUCCAAGUGUGGAUGCCGUCCGCGGGGAGAUGAUGCCCAGUUGCUGGAUCCUGCAGCCAAUCGGACGUAGUGGACAGGAAGCCACCAGGGUUAUUUACCUGCUACAGGUGGACUUAGGAACUCCAUCCUUCCCUCAGCGACUGGUGAGCGCGGUUACCAGAAGACAUGCCGCUGUCAUCGCUGAUCUCGAUGUUUUCCUCGCCAAAUCCACAGGACUCCAGACGACGCAUUAGCACCUCCUUGGAUAGAGGAUGAGGGGGGUUUGCCAGAGAUGACUAUAAAUUAAAGCUGGGACACUGAAGUACACACAGGGGAAGGAUUUUCAAGGUCAGUUGAGAUCAUUUUAUGUGAAUAUCAACUGAGUUGACCCCUGGGUGAGGUGAACCACAUCCAAAAAUAUGGAGGAAAUCUUCGUAUGCAGUUAACCCGUCAUUUUUAAAGCACUUAUUUAGUUUUUAACCACUCAAAACCUGCGAUGAAAUGACCUUCAAAGGGGUGAAUCUAUGUACGGCGCGUGCAUGGUGGUUCUUUUUUGUUUGGCCCUGAAUUUGAUUUCAUCCUCUUUGUAAUGUAUUUGUUUUCUUUUAAAAAAGUUUACAGAACUUCCCAUACUGAAGAUCCAGAGACUCUAUAGUUGACCCCAACCUCCCUGGUAUGCAUAAUUGAAGCUGCAGUAAGACGUGAACAUGAAUACGGUACCCUGAAUCUGCAUAAGCUCAGUUUCAAAGCCUUUUGUUCUCACCUCUUUUUGAAGUAUGUGGUAUUUACUUUGUUCCACUCGCCUCCUGUUUAGAACGCUGUUGAUUGUGUUUCACCGUCGCGAUGGCGUUAUUAUUUUAUGAGCAGUGCGAUGUUUACGGCUGCCUGCACAUGACUGUUAAGGCAUUUAUUAAUGUUACUUAUUAAAAAGUGAUUUGUUUUUGAUGUACAGUGUUGAAGCUAUGCAGCGGUGAUCAAAGGCGGCUCGGCCGUGUCCACAGAUGAAGCCAUAUUAUUUACAGUAGUUGAAGGUCCAGGACUGUUUUGGCAGCAAUCAGAUUGUAAUUAAAUAUCCAAAGAAAAAAAAGACACAGAUACUGAAGACGGGGAGGGAAGGAACAUAAAAAACUGUUUUGAACCAAGUUAUUUUUUUUAUGUGUUUCCAUAUAUUUGUAUCUGUUCAUUUUCAUUUUGUAAAAAGCUUUUGUUAUUUAUGUUUUGAUGUUGAAAGUGUAUUUUAUUAUAAACAAUUUGCUUCCUGAUUCUUAUAAGAUGUUAUGUGGCUCGUGCUGUUUUAUACAAAUACAAAACAUAUUUAA